AUUUGGGCACCGCAGGCGCGGCGCCCUUAAGCCGGGCUGUGCACGCUGCUCUCUGGCGGGGGACCGAGAACAUCCGGCCCGGACGCAGGUCGCUGUCCUCGCCCUCCUCCCGGGUCUGUGCUAGGACCUGGUCGCCUUCGCGGGUGUUGGCCCCAGCGGCCCCUCUAUGCAAGAGUGGCCUCCGACUGGGGUGAAGGUGGCUCUCGGGUAGCGAGUCGGGGCUUGGGGGGCGGUGGGGAGGGGCGGGUGGGAGGAUGAGCUCCCCCGGCACCGAGAGCGCUGGGAAGAGCCUGCAGUACCGAGUGGACCACCUGCUGAGCGCCGUGGAGAGCGAGCUGCAGGCCGGCAGCGAGAAGGGCGACCCCACGGAGCGUGAGCUGCGCGUGGGCCUGGAGGAGAGCGAGCUGUGGUUGCGCUUCAAGGAGCUCACCAAUGAGAUGAUCGUGACCAAGAACGGCAGGAGGAUGUUCCCGGUGCUGAAGGUGAACGUAUCCGGAUUGGACCCCAACGCCAUGUACUCCUUCCUGCUAGACUUCGUGGCGGCUGACAAUCACCGCUGGAAGUACGUGAACGGGGAGUGGGUGCCGGGGGGCAAGCCGGAGCCGCAGGCGCCCAGCUGCGUCUACAUCCAUCCUGACUCGCCCAACUUCGGGGCGCACUGGAUGAAGGCGCCGGUCUCCUUCAGCAAAGUCAAGCUCACCAACAAGCUCAACGGAGGGGGCCAGAUUAUGCUGAACUCCUUGCAUAAGUAUGAGCCCCGAAUCCACAUCGUGAGAGUUGGGGGUCCCCAGCGCAUGAUCACCAGCCACUGCUUCCCGGAGACCCAGUUCAUCGCUGUGACUGCUUAUCAGAAUGAGGAGAUCACAGCUCUUAAAAUUAAAUACAAUCCAUUCGCAAAAGCUUUCCUUGAUGCAAAGGAAAGAAGCGAUCACAAAGAGAUGAUGGAAGAACCCGGAGACAGCCAGCAGUCCGGGUACUCCCAAUCAGGGGCCUGGCUGAUCCCCGGCACCAGCGCACUGUGCCCACCUGCCACACCCCAUCCUCAGUUUGGAGGCCCCCUGCCACUUCCCUCCACGCACAGCUGCGAAAGGUACCCCACCCUGAGGAACCACCGGCCAUCACCCUACCCCAGCCCGUACACGCAUCGGAACAACUCUCCGACCUAUUCUGACAACUCACCUGCAUGUCUGCCCAUGCUCCAGUCCCCUGACAACUGGUCCAGCCUUGGAGUGCCCCCCCACACCAGCACAUUGCCCAUGUGUGCCAGCACCGGCCCACCUGCGGGCGCCAGCCAGUACCCCAGCCUGUGGUCUGUGAGCAAUGGCACGGUCUCGCCCGGUGCUCCCCCAGCAGGCGUGUCCAGCGGGCUGGGUGCCCAGUUCUUCCGGGGGCCCUCCGCGCACACUGCACCCCUCACCCACCCGGCCUCGGCUGCCUCGUCCUCAGGCUCCCCACUGUAUGACGGGGCCGCCACGGCCACAGACACUCCUGACAACCAGUACGAUGCCUCGGCCCAGGCCCGUCUCAUAGCCUCAUGGACACCUGUGUCGCCACCCUCCAUGUGACUCGCACCACGUCUUAACACGCAAUGACUCCUUUGUCGUGGCAGCAAGUAUUGGUUCCAGUGAUCUAGGUACCCAGCGGCAGCCUCGU